CAAUAUAUUUCUUCCAUAAGAAGAGAACGGUGACAGUCUUCCUAUUUCUUUUUAAAGCCAUAAAGCUUAUUUUCUUCUAACCCAAGCACCAAACCAUCCUUUUUUUCUUUUAUCAAUUAACAUGGAUUUCACCAACUCAUCCUCAUCCUCAUCCUCACCCUCUAAGACCAAAAGAAAGCAACAAGAGCAACACCAAGAAGUAAGGUUCUUGGGAGUGAGAAGAAGACCAUGGGGCCGAUAUGCAGCGGAGAUUAGAGACCCUUCUACCAAAGAGAGGCAUUGGCUUGGCACUUUUGACACUGCUGAGGAAGCCGCCUUGGCCUACGACCGUGCAGCCCGCUCCAUGAGGGGAUUCAAAGCCCGCACCAACUUUGUGUACUCGGAUAUGCCCGGUGGCUCCUCUGUCACCUCCAUUAUCUCUCCUGACGAAACGCAGCACGACAUGUCAGCUCUCUUCGCUCCUCCGCGCCACUAUAAGCAAAAUGAAACCAACCAGCAGCUUCUCCUUAGUCAGGACUGCACCUUCAACUUCAAUGCGUCAUUCCCUUACGCUAGUAACUGUGGGCUCGUAGCUUCGGAAGAUGGAUGGGCACAAGGAACUGAGGCUGGGGCUGGUGGGACUUUCCAGCCACUUACUGCCACUAUGGAUGUUGGUGGGUCCAAUUAUUGCUCUGGCGACAAUAUUGAGCUCCCUCCUUUGCCUCCCGAUGUGAAUAGCUCUUGUUGCUAUGGGUCGGAAGUUGGUCAUGGAUUUUGGAAUGAGACCAACGUUUUUGGGUCUUCAGAAGAAGCAUCAGAUGCAGCAAGUGGGUCGUACUUGGGCUUCGAUUCGAACGAGUUUGUACAGCAGAGCCCAUUGUUUGAAAGGGUGCCCCCAGCCUCUGAUACAGUGACGGAUAGGCUGGAUUUUGGUUCGUCAUCUGAUUUUUUCUUCUAACUAAAUUACGUUACCGAUAGUUGGUGGUGGUGGUGCCAUUUUGAACUUUCCUAACUAAAAUGGAGAUGCAACAGUUUGCUAUGAAUCCGUUUCAUAUAUGUGCUUUGAAUGAAAAUCGAGAACUGUAUGCCCUAUCGGGAUUGUAAAUGUAUAAU